AUAUACUCGUUGGAAAAUGUCAUUAAGGAUUUUUACCACCUAUGUUCAUCUUAUCAUAAUCGUAGCCGAACUUAAGAACUGAGUGAAAGGUACUCCAUGUGUGAGCAUGCUAUGCCAGUGUGCGGUGUGUGGGCGGACUUAAAGUGCCGUUUCGUGUCUCGAGCGUGUCUGUAGUGCCCCUUUCUUCUUUUCAUACAAUAAACGUGUGUCUCGUUAACCCACGCGUGUUAUUACCACCGUGAAACUUGGUCGCCUGAGUCUUGUGGCUGCAUAGGGCUCGCGUCUUCACCACCACCACCACUCGUAAUUCUCAGUGUUCAGGUUACGCCGGCCCCCUCUGCCUGCUGAUGUAGACACAACAGACGGCUGAUGCCACAAUCGGGAUCACGAGAGCUCGUUACUGCUACUGAUCUCCCUAAAUCAUGCAUAUGUUUAAAACAUCAAGAACAGUAAAGGUGAAUGAAGUAUAAUUUAUUACGGCUCGGCGAAGUGGUCACAGCGGUGCAGAGUUUGACAUGAGCUGAGAGGGAACAGGGAAGCCUCUCAAGCCCCACCAGUGAUGAAGGUCCUGACUGUGAGUGGCGUGUUACUUUUGAUCACCUCAUCACUGGCGUCCAGGGGAGACAAUUCCAAUGAGUACAAUGGCUGCUACCAUAUUUGUCACUUCAACAACUGCACCUCAAAUAUGGGUAUUGCAACUUACAAAUCAUCACAGAGUCUAAGUGAAAGAAUACUUCAGUGGAAUUGUGAUGAUGAGUGCAAAUACUACUGCAUGUGGCGCACCACACAAAUAUUCAUGGACAAGGGCUUGGAUGUGCCCCAAUUUUUUGGCAAGUGGCCCUUUGCACGGGUGUGGGGAAUGCAAGAACCAGCAUCGGUUUUCUUCUCUGUCCUGAAUCUGUUGGCUCAUGCUAUCAACCUUCAUUGGUUCAGGAAAACGGUUCCAUCAGUUGCUCCACUGUACAAGAUGUGGAUUUUUCAUGCUGUGAUAUGCAUCAAUGCUUGGGUGUGGUCAGUUGUGUUUCAUGCCCGAGAUACUCCAUGGACAGAACGUCUUGACUAUUUUUGUGCUUUCUCCAUGGUUCUCUUCUCCCUGUUUGGCCUCAUUGUCAGGUUACUUGGUCCUCGUCGAGCAAUCUUAAGGGAUAUUGUUGCUGCAGGUGGAGUUUUCUUCUUCACUUACCAUGUUUGGUAUUUAAGUAAAGGAAGAUUUGAUUAUGGAUACAAUAUGAAAGUCAAUUUAUUAGUAGGUGUAUUAAAUGGCUUUGGAUGGGUUGGAUGGUCUCUGCCACGAAUGAAAAGCAGACCAUAUGUCCAAUGGUGCAUCUACACAGUAGUAUUUGCAAUGGCAUCCAUGCUGCUGGAGCUUUGGGAUUUUCCUCCAUUAUUGUGGACAUUUGAUGCUCAUGCACUGUGGCACUUUGUUACUGCACCUCUUCCUUUCAUGUGGUACAGAUUUUUGGAGAGCGAUUGUUUGUAUUUGCUACAAAGAUCAUCUGGCCCAGCUUAUAAGAAGAAAAUAUAGAAUAUUUAUUUGUGGAAUAAAUUUAUGUUCACAUGGUAAGUCUGAAGAUGAGAAACUGGUAAGAAAGAAAUGUUAUCUUGUUGGUAUUUCAGUAUUCUAUUAACAACUUUUCAUUGUUGUAUUUAUACAAGUAUAUGUACAUGUUCCCAAGGAACAAUAAGGUUGUUUGCAUGACUAAAAGUUUAUUUACUAAUAUGUUAGAUUUACUGAAUUUUUGUUUUUGAGCACAUUGAUUUGUUAACUAAAUCAGUAUAUUUCCAGUACAAUAUUAAUGAAGUUAAAAAUUAUGAAAUUUUACUUAAGAAUCUAGAAUAGAUUUUUCCAUAUUUCCUUCAUGUUUUCAAAGCUAAAUAAAACUGAACUAUCAUAGGGCUGACAAUUAUUGCAGGGAAUAUAGUUAGUAUACAUAAAAAAAAUAAAUAAAUAAAAAAAAUAAUAAUAAAUAAAUAAAUAAAAUAAAAUAAAAUAAAUAAAAAAAUAAAAAAACUUUUAAGGCUCAUACUGUAAUACAUGUUUCAGUAUACAAUAGGGUAUGUGACAAUGCACGGUCAAUAUAAUGUACAACUGCAAUAACACUAAAAUUUUGAUAAAUAUUUCAUUGGAAUAACAAACCAAAACUGGCAUAAUGAACUUGCCACUCAUGCGAGCACUUAAAUUUUAAUAAAUAUUUAAUUGGAAUAAUUAACCAAAAUUGGCAAGAUGAACUUGCCAUUCAUGUGAGCACUGAAAUUUUAAUAAAAAUUUAAUCACUCACAAGCUGUGUGAGCUGCUUCUCAUCUAUCUGGCACCUGUCCCUUCUUCCCUAUUUUCCUUUCCUCUCCCUUCUUUUGUCUUACCUCAAACCUCUCUCCUUGUUAUCUGUUGGAGAUAAGGGACUAGGGAGUGAUACCUCUCUCUCUCUCUCUCUCUCUCUCUCUCUCUCUCUCUCUCUCUCUCUCUCUCUCUCUCUCUCUCUCUCUCUCUCUCUCUCUCUCAUUUAUGUUUUGUUCUUUCUCACUCAUAUAUGUAAUUCCAUUUUCAUUCUUAAUCAGUCUCAUUCUAUUUAGCAAUCCUUAGGAUUAUUCCUACUUUGAGAGAGAGAGAGAGAGAGAGAGACUCCAAACUUAUGGGGGUUUAUUGUAUGUACACACGUGAUGAUGACAGUGGAUAUAUGUGGCUUAUACUCGUUAAAUCAGCGCAAAGCUUGGGGUGGUAAUGCACGAAACUCAGGAUGGUAAGAAUUUAGGACUAGGUAUAAAAUUUGGGAGGGUACUGUAUACAUUUGUUGUGUAAUCUCGAAUGCAUAAGUGCAAAUAUGCUCAUUUUGAUGUAUUUUUUUAAAUUGUGGAAUCUAUAUAAUUUUCUGGUUCCCUGGAACCCAUUAAUUUUUUCCCAUAGGAGUCCCCAUAACACUACAUUGGAAUUAAUCAUUAUCCUUGUCGCAUACCCUACUAUACUUGAAUGUGUUCUGAUUUUUGAAUGAGUGAAGGUGCUCUCUCUGCUUUGAAUUCACACUUUUCCUCACUGAUUUUUUAGCUCCUAUUCCACAAAUUACUAAGUGCCCAAACCAAAAAGACUACCAAACCAAAAAAAUUAAUGUCCUCAAAACAUGCCAUUGCUUUCUUUUUGUGUGUGAUCUAAAUAACUCGGUCAGGUUUGUGGAUAUCUUCACUUUUUUGGUUAGAAUAAUGUUAAACAGCCUUCAAAUCUGGCAACCCUCUCUAUUCAUUACCUCAUGUGGGAUUUAUACUGCCUAUAUAUCUUGUACCACCAGUGAAAUUGAUAUAUUUGUAAAUAAACUUGUUAGUUUU